GCACUUGGUCACUAAAUAAGUGAUUAUUUGAUAUUAUAUACCUCCUAUAUGACUCGUCACAUCGUAAAGGACAACAAUUGACAAAUGAUACGACUAUAAUAAAAAUGUCAAAAUCAUAUUUCAAACUUAUCUUAUAAUGAUUCAAAGACAGAUAAUGAGAUAGUACGUUGUUAUGCUGUGUUCUCGAAUGUUCUAUUAUUUUACCAGCAACAAUGGAAAUAAUUAAAUCUAACAAAAAAAAUGACAAAGUUUGUCUUGAUGGUCAUAUGUACACAUUAUACUACGAAACUAGUAAAACAAUUAAAUGGCGAUGUUCUAAAAAGUCUUCAUUAAAGUGUCCAGCAGUUUUAAGUACGGAUAAACAAAUAACCGAAUAUGAAAAAAUUCAUCGUCAUAAUCAUUUACCAAAUCGCAAGGAAGUUAUGGUAACCAAAGCGUUGAUGAAUAUGAAAGAAAAAUCAUCCACAACAACUACAAAUCUUGUUGAAAUAUUUGCCAAUGGUGUAUCAAAAUUGGAUAAAUCAGCAAAGGCUCAAAUGCCAUCUGAGGAUACAGUCAAGAGAACUUUACGUAACCACCGGUCAAAAGGAAAUCCAAUCGAUCCAAAAAGCUUAGAAGACUGUAUAAUACCACCCACCUGGACGAUAAAUUCUGAUGGACAUCGUUUUUUAUUGUAUGACAAUGGAAUCGUUGACGAAAAUGGCAAAUGUAAUGCUGAUGAAAGAAUUGUCAUAUUUGCAACCGAUGAAGUAUUAUUAAAUCUUGCUAAGUCUUCAACUUGGAUGAUGGAUGGAAAUUUUGCUCUAGCCCCAGUGAUUUUUCAACAACUUUAUGUUAUAAGAGUAAAGAUAAAUGAUAUAUUUGUUACAUCUGCUUUUUGCUUACUUCAAAGAAAAACACAAUCAACUUACGAAGUAAUGUUCAAAGCCAUUAUCUCUGAGUGUGAAAAGAGAGACAUUUUUCCUGAUCCAUCUCAUAUUCAUGUAGAUUUUGAAAAGGCCAUUAUUCAAGCUAUUCGUAAUGUUUUUGGUGAACAUUCAGAAGUUAAAGGUUGUUAUUACCAUUUAACACAAAGCACGCAUAGGAAAAUCCAGCAGCUUGGUUUGGAAAAUUUGUACCGUGAAAAUGAUGAGUUCAUGUUAUUUUGUGGACAAGUUGAUAGUUUGGCUUUUUUGCCGGUAUCUGACAUAUUUGAAGGAAUGUCUCAUUUACGUAAAAUCAUGCCCGAAGAAGCACAUGACUUGGUGGAAUAUUUUGAUCAAACCUACGUAAAUGGGACAUACAGACGUAUUGGCCAAGGAAAUAAAUUGAAAUUCCGAAAAGUACCACCUCUUUUUCCACCUGAAAUUUGGAAUGUACACGAAAGUACAUUACAUAAUAUCGAGCGUACAAAUAACCAAACUGAAGGUUUCAAUAAUCGAUUUUCUAAGUUGGUAAGCCAUAAGCACCCUUCUAUUUGGAACCUCAUUAAGAAAAUGACACUGGAAGUUGCAGCCGAUGAGACAAAACUCCAGCAACGGUUAUUAGGCACAGUGCAACCAAAAAAAAAACUUAAGAAGUAUGAAAAAAUGCAAUUCAAUUUAAAAAAAAUAUGUGAAGAGUAUAGAGAUAAGCAACGUGAUCUACCAAAUUUUUUAUUAGCCAUAUCUCAUACCACAAGGUUUACACUAUAAAUUAUAUUAUGAUAAAUUUAUGUUUUAUAUUGACGCAAUAUUAAUCCAAUAUGCAUUUAAUUUUAUACUUGAAAUUUUAUUUUAACUUAUUAUAGGUGUACAUUUUUGCUAUACUUAUACGUUAUACACUUAUGCCUGUAGGUACCUAUGCCUUUUUUUCAUUUGCUUUUUUUUCCUUGUGCUUUUAUUUCAUUUGUUUUUUUU